UCUUAUUAUAUGGAGCGAAAGGGCAAAACAAUCUGUUCUGUUAGCGCCGUCCGGGAGUCUGCAUUUCUUCCGCGAGCUUAUCCCCCAACUCAAAAACCCUAGCCCCAAGAUGGACCAGGAGAGGCUUAGGAAGAUUGCUAGUGCUGUUCGCACGGGUGGGAAGGGUACUAUGAGAAGAAAGAAGAAGGCAGUUCAUAAGACCACCACAACUGAUGACAAAAGGCUUCAGAGCACCCUAAAGAGAAUUGGGGUAAAUGCCAUUCCGGCUAUUGAGGAGGUUAACAUUUUCAAGGACGAUGUAGUCAUCCAAUUCAUCAACCCCAAGGUUCAAGCAUCUAUUGCUGCAAACACCUGGGUUGUUAGUGGUUCUCCUCAAACAAAGAAAUUGCAGGACAUCUUGCCUGGCAUCAUCAAUCAAUUGGGGCCGGACAACUUGGAUAACUUGAGAAAAUUGGCCGAGCAGUUUAAACAGCAAGCACCUGGAGCAGGUGGUGAUGCAAAUAAUGCACAAGAGGAGGAUGACGAUGUUGUUCCAGAACUUGUUGAUGGGGAGACUUUUGAAGCUCCUGCCGAAGAAAACCGUGCUUCUUAGAGUCCUUUUGAAGGGGUGUUUUAUGCCGUUUUAUACUUCUAGAAUUGCUUCAGACAAUGUUUUUAUGAUUUUGAUAAUUCUUAAUCUUAUCAUAAUUCAACUUGUUAUCUUUAUGAUGA